ACCGCGCCCAGAGGUUGCGUGAAGGGCUGCGGAGAGAUGGCGGCGCUGGGCCGUCUCCGGCUCCCCGCUCACGGUGUGCUCGGCUGGCGGCCCGGCUCUGGGAGUCCUGUUCGCGCUCAGCUGCUCCAUCAGACGCCGGCCGAUCAUGCUGACAGCUCUGUCCAGGUGCAGAAGAGCUCUGCUGUUGUCCAGAGGAAAUCCUACGUCCCCAGCAGCCGUGGCGAGUACGUCAUUGCCAAGCUCGAUGACCUGGUCAACUGGGCACGGCGGAGCUCCCUGUGGCCCAUGACCUUCGGGCUGGCCUGCUGUGCCGUGGAGAUGAUGCACAUGGCAGCCCCUCGCUAUGACAUGGAUCGCUUCGGGGUCGUGUUCCGGGCCAGCCCCCGCCAGGCUGAUGUCAUGAUCGUGGCAGGGACCCUGACCAACAAAAUGGCCCCGGCACUGCGCAAGGUCUAUGACCAGAUGCCAGAGCCUCGCUACGUGGUGUCCAUGGGGAGCUGUGCCAACGGUGGGGGCUACUACCACUACUCCUACUCCGUGGUGAGGGGCUGUGACCGCAUCGUGCCCGUAGACAUUUAUGUGCCAGGUUGCCCACCCACAGCUGAGGCUUUGCUGUACGGGAUCCUGCAGCUGCAGAGGAAAAUCAAGCGGGAGAGGAGGAUGCAGAUCUGGUACAGGAAAUAACCUUUAUUUAUGUUCCACUCACUGCCCUGGGCACCGCUCACAUUCACGCACAAAUCUGGCUCCUCACAGGCCUUCCAAUAAAACUCUACCUGCUCCAGGG